AUGAAGCUCAAACAGCUUGAGAUGGCUCUUGAAGAUGUUGAUGUCUUUGAGAAGCCCAAGAUACACCUUGAACAGUACCCCACAACCCCACAUCUCGCUGCCUGCUUUCUUUACGACGCUCAGAACAGAUUCGACGACAUUGAAGGAAAGAUGGUCUGCGAUCUAGGGUGCGGGACCGGAAUGCUCUCCAUAGGUGCGUCGAUCUUGGGAGCAAGUUACGUCUGUGGUAUCGACGUCGACGAUGAUGCACUCUGCAUUGCGGCACAGAAUGUAGGCCAUAUCAGGUUCUGUACAAUAGAGGAAACAGAGACACAGGGAGAGAAGACUGAGGCGGAUCCGAGUGGUUCAGACGCAGGAGACGAGGAGGAGACGAGGAUUAAGAUGGCGACUGUCGCAGUGGAGGAGAGAAGGUGGAGAGCGAGAGCGUGUUACGACACUGUGAUCAUGAACCCACCAUUUGGGACGAGGUGCAAGGGGAUGGACAUUAUCUUUCUGCUCAGCGGCCUAUGUCUCGCUCGACGUGCAGUCUAUUCCAUGCACAAGACUUCAACCCGCGAACAUCUGCUGAAGAAAGCAGCUCAGUAUGGACUGCAGAUGGAGGUUCUUGCUCAGCUCAAGUUUGAUGUGCCGGCCAUGUACGACUUCCACAAGAAGUCAAACGUAGUGAUCGAGGUGGACCUUAUCCGGAUUGAAGUCCCUCCAUCCGGCGUCCCGCCAUCGCUCAUAACUGUGAUCGCUAGCUCACAUAGUUGGUUCGCGUGA